CAGUGACAUGCCAAAGUGGGGAGAGUCGGAGUGAAAAACGAAAGUGAUCAACUAUAGGUAGAAGUGAUCAGAUCCUUUUGCAGACGGACCUUUAUAAAGAAUUAAAAAAGUAAUAUCCUAGCCUACAGUUUUGUCAAAGACAAAAUUAUACAAUGCUGGGCGCUAUUUAUAAUUUUAUCCAGAGUUGUUGCAGCAGCAUUAUCCGUGUAAUUCUCAGGCUGCUUGGUAUAGGGAAGAGACCUGCAAUAACUCUUGAAGACCCCAACAUCAAGUAUGCUUUACGGCUCAUAGACAAGGAGAUAAUCAGCCAUGACACCAGGAAGUUUCGCUUCGCAUUGCCCACUGCUGACCAUGUCCUUGGCCUGCCCAUCGGCCAGCACAUAUAUCUGUCAGCCAAGGUGGAUGGGAACCUAGUGGUCCGUCCAUAUACUCCUGUGUCCAGCGACGAUGACAAGGGUUCUGUGGACCUGGUGGUCAAGAUUUAUUACAAAAACGUCAACCCAAAGUUCCCUGAAGGCGGGAAGAUGUCCCAGUACCUGGAGAGCCUUCGGAUUGGUGACACCAUUGACUUCCGUGGUCCAAAUGGACUGCUGAUAUACAAAGGAAAAGGGGUGUUUGCCAUAAAGCCCGAUAAGAAGUCAGAGCCAGAGCUGAAGAUGGCCAAGCACGUUGGCAUGAUUGCAGGGGGAACUGGAAUAACGCCCAUGCUGCAGAUCAUCCGGGCAAUAUUGAAGGAUCCGGCAGAUAUGACUGUGUGUUACCUGCUCUUCGCUAAUCAGACCGAAAGGGACAUUUUGCUGCGCACUGAUCUGGAGGAGAUAGAGACCCAGCACUCAUCCCGCUUCAAGCUGUGGUACACUGUGGAUAAGGCCCCCGAAGGCUGGACCUACAGUCAGGGUUUCAUCAAUGAAGAAAUGGUGCGUAAGCACCUACCCCCGCCAGGCGGGGACACGCUCAUCCUGAUGUGCGGCCCCCCUCCCAUGAUCCAGUUCGCUUGCAACCCCAACCUCGAUAAAGUCGGACACCCCAGCAGUAGGAGGUUCACCUUCUAAGUGGUGCCAACAGCUGCCUAACUGGGUGAGGCAGUCAGCUUGGUGUUUCCAGUUAUUUUCCAAAUUUUCUGUAAAUGCCUUGUAGUUAAGGUUAAAGGCUGCUGGAAAAAAUACAAUUCACAAAGACGUAUCAAAUCGCCUUAGCUUCUGGGCUAACAAAUUCUAAGAAAUUACAUUCCUCUGAUGCUAGUGGUCACAGGGCGCUUGCUGAUCUCUAACAACAAAGGAACAUGCAAAUACUUUGUGUAGCCAAGAAACCGCUUCAUGUACCAGGUUUCCGGCUGCAAAGCUGUUGAAAUUUGACGGGUUGACAUGCUACUGUAUUGCAAUACUUGUCCACUGCCUAAUCUACAGGGAGAGCUACAUGUAACUGAGUCAAGGACGUCCCGUGAAAACAAUUAUGGUAUGAAGUUCCCUAUCCUGUCUGUAUUGUUGAAUUUUAAUUCCUUACACGCGUGUUCUGCAGGAUAAUUAAAGAUUUAACUUUCUUUAUUAAUUUGGACCUGCUACUGUCUGCUGUUGCUUUGACAGCUCUAAUGUACCGGUUGAAGUCUGUGAAAAUCCAUAUAAAAGCCUGUCUGCAGACACUGCUAAUAUGAUGGAUUCUUGGUGGAAAUGGGGGUCACAGUUCAUCCAUAGUUAUAUCCAGUUCAGUGUUUGUUACCUGAGUCUUAUGCAGUUACGUUUGAGGUGUCAUGUGUGUUACACGUUCAGCAUUGCUUACGGAAACCCAGUGGCAGUCAUUGGUAGAAACGCUUUUGUCUGAGCGUUGCCCCACGAGUAUCAAGCCAUUGCUGUCGGACACGGGCUAUGCUUAUUGGCUUAGAAGGAAAGUGAUCGAUUAAAAACAUGCUAAUGUAUUCACCAUGGAGUAUCUCAUGCAACUCAUUAUGAAGCCAGUGCUGUCUUACUUGCAUGUUGACAUUGAUGAUGAAUAAAAAUGCACUUGAUUUAUAAUAUGA